UUGAAGUGCGUGCAAAAGUGCAAUCAAAUGCGAGGGUGAACUGCUUCCAUUUAUUUACAUGUUUUGUUUAUUUUUGACUUUAAAAAUAAUGCACUCACUGUAAGGAUAUCACUAAAUAAUGAUAUCUCGAACAACAUUCGUUAUCUUGUGUUUAUUCCACAUUGCCCUUUCAAUUGCUGCCGUAAAUCAUUGGGUAUUAAAUGACAAUGGAAAAAUUCUUCAAAAGAUUGAUUCACCAUUCUAUAUGCGAGAACCAAACAAUUUGAUUGCAUUUCUUGACCAAAUCAAAUACAAUGAUGUCGUCGAGAGUACGUACCUCGAGUUGUUAAGACAACGCGAAAAGAUGGCAGAACAAAUUAACUUUUCCAUUCAAUUUGGCAUGGAAAUCAUUGAUCAGGCCAAAUGUGCCCUAGACUACUAUGUGAUAGAAAAACAAAUUUCAUCGACAAAGAUCACAAAGGAGUAUCUCAAGCGAAUCAACAUAAAGAACUCCAAAAAGAAACCACCGACAUUGCCGGUGAUAGGAAUUCCCAAAGCGAGUCCGUUCUGUUGGGAGUACACGAGUCUGCAUGUUGGUAUUUGUUGCUAUGACCAUUUGGACGGUCUGCGAGGCACAUUUACUCUGCAGAUUGAACCCGAAACCCAACUGACAACCAGUGACUUGGACUUUAAAUCGAAACGAUUUGUGCAAACCCUUAUCGAUGGUUUGACUGAGAAUCCAACCUCGUGGAAAUAUCACACAUUGAGCUCUUAUUACUGGCGCAUGCAAGGCGACGGAACGCAAGCUGUUGAAUGUGCCAAACGAGCAGUUAUGCUGGCACCGCGCAAAGCUCGUGAUAUUCCGUUGCUCAGUUUGGGUAUAAUUCUGUAUAGAGCGGGGAAAUUACGCGAUGCCGAGGUUGUCUUGGCCGCUGCCGUCGAUCACGCCCCUGACGUGGCGGAAAAUCACUUUGCAUUGGGUACCACCUUGGCGAUGAUUCACGAGUUCAAUCGAUCUCUUACCCACUUCGAUACGGCCGAGAAGCUGGAUCCGAGUUUCAUUCCACGAACUUUGCCAUUGAAAAACUUUAUCUCAUGUGUUGAAAACUUAAUUAGAAAAACUUCAAAGAUGUAUAGUUAUGCUGAAUACAUUAAAAGCGAAGUCAGUGGAUUAAAAUCCAUGAAAACCCUCAUCACACAAAGCCACGAAAAAUUGAUUCAGCAACAGGUUCCACUAGGGGCUCGUUUCUUUGAUGCAAAAACACCUAACGACGAACUAUUGCAUCGAGGACAGUAUUGCAGCACUAGGACUCUAGCCGGCACCGAUGAACCGGUAUUGUUCUGUGAUUUUUACUCAGAUCUUCAAAUGAAGUUGGAAAGCAAAGAGGUGGAUAUUGAAUCGUUGGAGAGAGAACUCAAGGCCAAUAGCGAUGCAAUUAUAAAACAAUUGUCUUCGGAAUUUCACACACAAUUCGAUUUUAAUAAACCUUCUGCGUCAUCGUCCUCCUCCCCAUCGUCGCCGUCAUCGUCGGCGGCAUUAAUCCCGCCUAAAGGCAAAUAAUCUUAAAAAGAAGGUUAUGUUAAAUACGCGUGUAUCCAAUUGACUUUUUUUGUUUUCAAAUAAUAUAAAACUAUAUGAAUGUAAAUUUAGAUUUGUAAGAGUUUUUAAAACUACGCUGGAUAAGUUCUUUUUUUAAUAAAUAACGGAUAUUAUAAUAAAGUUAUAUUUUUUAAUAAA